AAAUGCUUGUCUCCUGCUGUGAAUGAAUAAUUUCAGAGUACUAUGGAUCAUGCUGAAGAAAAUGAAAUCCUUGCAGCAACCCAGAGGUACUAUGUGGAAAGGCCUAUCUUUAGUCAUCCGGUUCUCCAGGAAAGACUACACCAAAAGGAUAAGAUUCCAGAUUCCAUUGGGGAUAAGCUGAAACAGGCAUUCACGUGCACUCCUAAAAAAAUAAGAAAUAUUAUUUAUAUGUUCCUACCCAUAACUAAAUGGCUGCCAGCAUACAAAUUCAAGGAAUAUGUGUUGGGUGACUUGGUCUCAGGCAUAAGCACAGGGGUGCUUCAGCUUCCUCAAGGCUUAGCCUUUGCAAUGCUGGCAGCUGUGCCUCCGAUAUUUGGCUUGUACUCUUCAUUUUAUCCUGUUAUCAUGUAUUGUUUUUUUGGAACCUCCAGACACAUAUCCAUAGGUCCUUUUGCUGUUAUUAGCCUGAUGAUUGGUGGUGUGGCUGUUCGAUUAGUACCAGAUGAUAUAGUCAUUCCAGGAGGAGUAAACGCAACCAAUGGCACAGAAGCCAGAGACGCCUUGAGAGUGAAAGUCGCCAUGUCUGUGACCUUACUUUCAGGAAUCAUUCAGUUUUGCCUAGGUGUCUGUAGGUUUGGAUUUGUGGCCAUAUAUCUCACAGAGCCUCUGGUCCGCGGGUUUACCACCGCAGCAGCCGUGCAUGUCUUCACCUCUAUGUUAAAAUACCUGUUUGGAGUUAAAACAAAGAGGCACAGUGGAAUCUUUUCAGUGGUGUAUAGUACAGUUGCUGUGUUGCAGAAUGUUAAAAACCUCAACGUGUGUUCCCUAGGCGUUGGGCUGAUGGUGUUUGGUUUGCUGUUGGGUGGCAAGGAGUUUAAUGAGAGAUUUAAAGAGAAAUUGCCGGCACCUAUUCCUUUAGAGUUCUUUGCGGUGGUAAUGGGAACUGGCAUUUCAGCUGGGUUUAACUUGAAAGAAUCAUACAAUGUGGAUGUCGUUGGAACGCUUCCUCUAGGGCUGCUACCUCCAGCUAAUCCGGACACCAGCCUCUUCCAUCUUGUGUAUGUAGAUGCCAUUGCCAUAGCCAUUGUUGGAUUUUCGGUGACCAUCUCCAUGGCCAAGACCUUGGCAAAUAAACAUGGCUACCAGGUUGACGGCAAUCAGGAGCUCAUUGCCCUCGGACUGUGCAAUUCCAUUGGCUCACUCUUCCAGACCUUUUCAAUUUCGUGCUCCUUGUCUCGAAGCCUUGUUCAGGAGGGAACUGGAGGAAAGACACAGCUUGCAGGUUGUUUGGCCUCAUUAAUGAUUCUGCUGGUCAUAUUAGCAACUGGAUUCCUCUUUGAAUCAUUACCCCAGGCUGUGCUCUCGGCCAUCGUGAUUGUCAACCUGAAGGGAAUGUUUAUGCAGUUCUCAGAUCUCCCCUUUUUCUGGAGAACCAGCAAAAUAGAGCUGACCAUCUGGCUUACCACUUUUGUGUCCUCCUUAUUCCUGGGAUUGGACUAUGGUUUGAUCACCGCUGUGAUCAUUGCUCUGCUGACAGUGAUUUACAGAACACAGAGUCCGAGCUACAAAGUCCUUGGACAGCUUCCUGACACUGAUGUGUAUAUUGAUAUAGACGCAUAUGAGGAGGUCAAAGAAAUCCCUGGAAUAAAAAUAUUUCAAAUAAAUGCACCAAUUUACUAUGCAAAUAGUGACUUGUAUAGCAAUGCAUUAAAACGAAAGACUGGAGUGAACCCAGCACUCAUCAUGGGAGCAAGGAGAAAGGCGAUGCGGAAGUACGCUAAGGAAGUCGGAAAUGCAAAUAUGGCCAACGCAACUGUUGUCAAAGCGGAUGCAGAAGUAGAUGGAGAAGAUGCUACCAAGCCUGAAGAAGAGGAUGGUGAAAUAAAAUAUCCCCCAAUAGUGAUCAAAAGCACAUUUCCUGAGGAAAUGCAAAGAUUUAUGCCCCCGGGGGAUAACAUCCACACUGUGAUUUUGGAUUUCACUCAAGUCAAUUUUAUUGAUUCUGUUGGAGUGAAAACUGUGGCAGGGAUUGUAAAAGAAUAUGGAGACGUUGGUAUAUAUGUAUAUUUAGCAGGAUGCAGUGCACAAGUUGUGAAUGACCUCACUCGGAAUAGAUUUUUUGAAAAUCCUGCCCUGUGGGAGCUGCUGUUCCACAGCAUUCAUGACGCAGUUUUAGGCAGCCAACUCAGAGAAGCGCUCGCAGAACAGGAAGCCUCAGCUCCUCCUCCACAGGAGGACUUGGAGCCCAAUGCUACUCCUGCCACCCCUGAGGCAUAGAUGAGGACCUCACCCUAGAAUGGGGUUAUAAGCCUGUCAUGAAAUUCCUAAUUUACACGUUUUAAAUACUAGACAUUAGAUUUUUUUUCUAAGGGUAAAUACUAGUAGCUGAGGCUUGAUUUGGAGGGUGAAUGACACCUAGCAAGAUGUAUCAUACUCGUGUUUUUUUGAUUGAAUAUUUCAAAGAUAAAUUGGCCUGUUGCCUGUAUUUAUUACGCAGAGACAUUUCUGCUACUUUUUAGCAUUAUCUCUGUAAGCUAAGCACUGAGAAAUUUAUUUCCUUUAAGUACUUUACCUACGAAUAGGAGAUGCUGUCACCAGAUAAGUAGUGGUUCUUUGUUUUUGUACUUGUUGGUCCGCGAACUGUCUACAAUCAGUUAUCUAAAAGAAGAGAGAAACUGCAAUUUUCUAGAAGUUCUCGUUUUAAAAUAACCUUUUAUUCAUUAUAGAAGCAAUAUAAGUGCAUUGAGGACAUUUUGAAAAAAUAGACAAGCAAAAAUGAGAACAUAAAAUAUUACAUUUCCACCACUCAGAGAUUACCACUGUUAACGUCUCAAUACAUAUCCUUCCAGAUCUUUUUCUAUGCAUAUAUAUUUACAUUUUUCACCAAAGUAAGGUCACAUCUGUAGUGUUUUGUAACCUAUUGUUCUUUAAUUAAUAAUCUCCACUUUCUCAUUCUAGCACAUUUUUUACCUUAGACCAUAUUCAAAUUUCCUCAGUUGUCCCCAAAUUUGCAGUUGGUUUCUGCUAACUGAUAUUCAUUCUUUGACCUUACAUUGCAACUGAUCAUGUUCUUUAAAGUCCCUUAAGUCUAUUUUAAUGUAGCACAGUUCCUUUUUUAUGGCAUUGACGUGUUAAAGAGACUGGGGCAGUUGUCCUGUAGAAUCCUGUCUUGUGAGUUUGCCUAAUUGCUUUUUCAUGGUGUUUAACCUGUUCUUAUACUGUACUACCUCCAAUCUGGAAGUUAUAUCUAAAGCCUUUGUAGAUUCAAGUUAAAACAUUUUAUGCUAGAUUAUAUCAUAGAGAAGAUACAUGCUUCAUAUUGUAUCACUUCAGAAAACACAUAAUAUCUAGUUGAUCUACCGUUAACUAACCUAAGCGAUCUAAACUAGAUUACUGGAUCAGCAUGACAGUCUGAUCCUCCAGUUAGAUUUUUCCCUAUGUGACUACAGACAUAUCUGUGUGGUGUUCCUUUGGCAUUGAAUGAAUAUCCAUUCCCCUAUUAGCCAUUUACCCAGGAGUUUUAACAUUGGGUGAUAAUUCUUGCAUAAAUCAUUAAUUUUGUUAAGGUUUGUGAAUUGGUUUUCUAGUUAUUUCAUUUCUUCUGCAUUAGUUGGUUGUUCUAUGUGAAGUAUAGCUUUCCCUCCUCCACUUGAGCUAUUUGGUCAUCCUUACUACAGUUCCACUGGAAGGGCAGGUUGAAUGCUUUAUUAUUUUCAUUUAAUUAUGAACUUCAAAGUAAAUAACUGGUUUAUUAGAUGGUGAAAAUUAGUGGGGUUCUUUUUUAGCUUUCCCUUUUCUGGUAUGAUGGUAGUCUUGUGCAUUUUUAUAGUUUUAAUGUGUUUCAGUCCAUUAUGUUCUUUUCCAUACUCAAAUUGUCACAGCUGUGGCCAGUAGAAAUCCUUAGAAGCUUUGUUAUUGUUGCUAAUAGUGAAGUAGCCUAAAAGACCAUGUUUUUAAGAAAACUAAAACUAACCCCCAGUUAUAAUUUAAAUUUUCCUUAGACAUUUGUAACAGCUAUCAGUUAAUUAUACAUCAAACCCAAUUUUUAGCAUAGGAGUGAGCAAAAUGCUUACCUUACUCGUUCCAUAGAAACGUGUAAUGUCAAAGGUUGGAGGAGGAUACCUUUAAAUCAGUUUAUCACUUUCACUUGUUUGUAACUACCAGCUCACUAUAAAUCGAAGCACAGACCUUAGCCAACCUGUCUAAAGCCUCCUCUGCUAAGAGUUCCUGCUAACCGUGAGUUUGUCUUUUCUUUAAUAUAUCGUCUUAUUGAUGUCUUGUUUUAGUUUUCAUGAAUAAGAUACUGCCAGGAGAAAAGCAGUCAGAUCCCAGUAGAGCUGUUAGCAUGGCUUAGUUGCAACCAAACCCUGUGGUGUUCCUGUGUUCAUGAUAACUCCUAUUAAGUUUCUCACUGUCUUUACUAAGUUCAAAAUAAACUUCUCCUUCUAGUCAAAACUUUAGCUAAUUCUUGAGUAAAAUUAGAUUUGCUUAGUUAUUUUCUUUUUAAUCAUCACAUGAGAUCAGAUACAUCUGCAUUCUGAUAUGGACUGCCUUCUGAAAGAGCAUGUAGUUGUAGAACUUCAGCUUACGUUAGAAACUUUGGUAACAAGUUUCUAUAUCAUUUCAGCCAUUUAAGUAGAAUUUAAGGAUUUUAAACGGUGUUAUAAAAUACUUCAUUACACAUUCCUUAGCACCAGUCUUCCAGUUAGCCAAUACUGUGGUUGAUAGAAAGUCGUGUACAAAAAGUAUUUGUGUAUAACUUCACAUUUGUAUUUAACUUUUCUGUUUAACUUUUAAACUGUUUUGAAUAGAAUUAUGUAUAUUAAAAGCAUAAGUCUUAAGGUGGGAAAAUACAGUUUUAUCAUUUUGCUUAGCAUCUGCAAAUGAGUGCAUCUCAAAAUACAUUUCAUCCAUGUGUAAAUACGUCAGAAUGUUUUACUUAGAAUUGUUUCAUACAGUGAAAAUUUCCUUGUCUUACAGUCUUGUCUCUGUCUUUCAAGGAAAUAAUAUAUAUGAUAUAUGUUCCUUCUGGGCCUUAAUAGCUGCUACUGUUAUCUUCUAUGUUUUUCAGCCCUGAUUCAAAUUCAGGUUCAUAUUAUCCUAUCAAAAUGGGCAUAAUCUCCAUAAUCUAAGGACUAGCCUUGUUUUAUGGCAAUAUAUGGGAAAGCACUGUUUCGAAGAGGUUUCACAAAGAGAAGUCCUUUGACUUUCUCAUAUCCUGUGCAGUAUGACAGUGGUUGAUCUCUGUCUCAUGAAUCGAUGGAAUAUGAUUGAGAACAGUUGUGAACCAGGGCCUAGGAAACUCCAAUCCGUAUCUUAGACACUGACUCUGGAUGCGUAUACGGCAGCUGAUGAUAGGAUCCUAAUUGCCAAUCUCAGCUGCAGUGGAACCCAGAGAGCCUGUUAAAGGUAUGGAUUGUCUUCAAGCCUUGGAAUAGGACAAAAACUCAUUUUGUAGUUUGCAGGAAACAUCUAAAACAUCCACUCAUGGUGGUUUGAUUCUGUGCCCUUACUUGUUGAGACAGUCCCAGCCUCUGAGUGCACUUGAGAAAAUGAGUCUGCCCUCUUGUGUGUGAAAAGAGAGGGUAGCAAACCCAGUGAAUCUGUCCUGU